AUGGUCUCUCGUAUUCGUUCUAGAGGAAGGAACAGAAUUUUUUCUAAUUCUUUUCAUGCCAACCGACUAUCAAUGGUUAACAAAGACGAUUAUGAACAAAUUACAGAGAAACCGAGAGAAGAACGAUCUUAUUUGGAAUUUUACACAAAUCUUGAUAUCAAUAAGCCUUUAAAAAAUUAUUCAGAAGUAUACAAAGACGACUCUUUUAAUAAAAAAAAUAAUAAAUAUUUUCUGUCAAAAACAUUGGAUAAAGAAAGACAUACAUGCUUCGAUACUGAUUUAUCAUUAUAUGAUCCCUUUAAGCAAAAUAAAGACACAUAUUCAAAAGAAGAUCAAUCAAAAAAAACAGAGGAUUCAUGCAUGUGGGAAUCAUCUCGAUUUUCUUUUCGAACUAUUCAGCCUUUUGAAAAAGAAACAAAAUAUACUGGACGUUCAAUAAUUGAUUAUGGUUACCAAGAAACAGAUAUUUGGAAUAGACCUUCAAAUACAUAUAUUAGAUUCAUUAAAGAAUCAGAAGAAGCUUUAGCAAAUAGAGUUGAAUAUGACAUGGACGAGCAAGAUGAUUUUUGGUUAGAACAAUAUAAUUCAAAAAGAUUAAAACUAGAAGGAGAUACUAUAUCACAUGAAUUUUUUGAAAUCGUUUUAACAAAAAUUGAAAAAGAAUGGGUGGAAUUGGAUAGAAAAAUACCUAAAGAUAUAUCUAAAGAAAAUUUAUCUUCAGAUGAUUCAAAAUGUUCUAUUUGUGAUGACGGUGAGUGCGAAAAUAUUAACGCUAUAGUAUUUUGUGAUGGAUGCAACUUAGCUGUUCAUCAAGAUUGUUAUGGUAUUCCUUAUAUUCCCGAAGGACAGUGGUUAUGUAGGAAAUGUAUUGUAUCUCCUCAAAAUACCCUAAAUUGCAUUUUUUGCCCCAAUACAUCGGGUGCUUUUAAGCAAACAUCAGAUAACAGGUGGGCUCAUUUACUUUGUGCUGUCUGGAUUCCAGAAGUUACAGUUGCAAACUCUGUUUAUCAGGAACCUAUUGAUAAUAUUUAUAAAAUUCCUUCUUCAAGAUGGAAGCUUAUAUGCUAUAUUUGUCAGCAAAAAAUGGGUGCCUCAAUUCAAUGUGCAAAUAAAUCUUGUUAUAAAGCAUUCCAUGUUACAUGUGCUCGUAGAGCAAAAUUAUACAUGCCUAUGAAAAAAAAUAAUACAGAAUUUAAAGCUUAUUGUGAUAAACAUGUUCCAAGUUUUUGGCGAAAUGAGCAUAAUAUUACAAAAUUUCUUCAUGAUACUCGAAACUAUUUUUUAUCUCAUACACCUACUUCUCAGUCUUCAAUAAAUAAUUAUAAUUCUAAUUAUACACGAAAUCCGUCAUCCAAAAUCUAUAUCAAUUUAAAAAAAAAAAAAACAUAUCCUCUUAUACCAAUGUACAUUCAACAUAAAAUAUUGAAUUAUAUACAUAGAUUUCCAAUUAGAAAAAAAGCAAUAUUUAUUACAGAUAUAUGUAAAUAUUGGUCUUUAAAAAGAGAAUCACGAAAAAAUGCGACUCUUAUAAAAAGACUUCAAUUAAAGAUAGAGGAUGAUACAGUUUAUAAUCUUUCAACUAAUCAACUUCUACAAAGGAUUGAGUUUGCAGAGAAUUUAAAAAACGAUCUAGAGAAACUAUUACAACUAAUUGAUGCGGUCAAAAAACGUGAAGAAGAAAAGAAAAAAAUUUCAUAUUAUUUAGAAACAGUAGCUGAUUGCCUUUAUUUCCCAAUUACACAUGUUGUUAAAAAUAUAUUAGAUUGCAUUAAAAAAUGGGAUAAAAAUAAACUAUUUUCUCAUGUUCCAGUCAAUUCUCUUAGCAACAGUUUAACUAAUACACCUAUUUCUUUAUCAAUGAUCUCUAAGAAAAUCGAAGACCGUGAAUACGCCAAUUUAUCACAGUUUAAGACUGAUAUUAUGUAUAUUUUUGACAACGCUAUAAAAAAUAAUAGUUCAGAUACUAUUUAUUAUAAAACUGCUAUUAGAUUUAAACGACAAUCUGAAAAAUUAUUUUCAGACGCAGAAAAUUACACAUCCUUUUUAAAAAUUGAAAAUAACAGAAUGGUUUCCAAUUGGUCUAUUUUUGAACCAAAAGGUUUGUCUAUAAAAGAAUAUCUGCAAAUAUGGCCCGGAGAUAAUAUUAGAGCAAUGUCUCCACUAUCUGAAAUUACUGAAGAAGAAUUUAGAAUUCUUGAACAACGUAUAAAUGUGAUUCAAAAACAAGAUAGUAAAGAAAACACAAAAAGUCAAAUAAAGAACGAAAAUAAACAUAAUUUACGAAGCAAACUUCGAAACCCCAAUUACAUAAAUUCUAAGUAA